CGCCUUUUGCCCCCUGGUUAAUUCUGUCUUCCGCUUUCUAGGGUUUUACGGGCCGUAAUAUCGAGAAAGACCAAACCCCCCCAAACCCUAACCCUAACCCCUCUUCCGCCUUAACUCUUGCUCCUUUUCCCUCUAUCUCUUUACUCUCUUGCUUUAUUCCUUUCCUCGCCUGCCAUGGAAGCUCUGAGGCGUAGUUCAGGCUCCAAUUCUGCGGUUUUCGACGGUCUUUUCGCCCUUUGAGCUGCUCUCUAACCUUAGUUUCUGGGUUUUUGUUGCACGGAAACCAGGUUUUGAGCGUUUGGUCUGAGAACCGGAGGAUUUUGGUUGUGGUAGCUAGAUACUCUACAGUUGGGAUUUUGUGAGAAAAAGCAAUGGCCAUGGAAGUGUACUGCAAUAGCUGCAACCGUGACAUUCUCUGUUCUAUGAUGCAAGUAAUUGCUGUGGAGACUGCUCUGGCUUCUGCGAAGUCUCUUCCCUAUCUUAUAGGGAUGAUGACUUCUCAGUCUGCCAAUAGUAGCAUCUUGCAACUCGAGGCUGAUAGAAUCCAAGGGCUUGAUGAUGCAUUGGACGUGCCAGUAAUAAAAAAGGGUAGACAAUGUGCUGGUGGUGCAGAAUCUAACGGCAAGAACAGGACUGAAGUCCCAGACGAGAAUAAAGAUGAUGGUGAGACAGAUGAUGAUGAUGAAGAUGAGGAUGAAGAUGAUGAUCAUGAUGAUGAUGGUGGUAAUGAGGAUGACUUGUCUGGUGAAGAAGGGAAUGAAAACGAAGGCGAUGAUGCAGAAGAUGAUGUCGAGGCAAAUGGCGAUGGUGGGAGUGAUGAUGAUGAUGAAGAUGACGAUGACGAUGAUGACGAUGAGGAUGGUGAUGAAGACGAUGAGGAUGACGAGGAGGAUGAAGAGGAGGACGAGGAGAUACCAGAGCCGCCUACUAAGAAGAGGAAGUGAGUGACUUUCCGUAGCUUUUUUUGUAGGUCUUCAUUAAGUUAGUGAAGGGAUGUGCAUCUCUUUCUCCUAUCUCUUUCUCCCGUCUUUUACUAUGUCCUUAGAGUUAGUCUUGAAAUAUUGCCCCCGGUGUGGAUGGACCUCUUCUUCAUAUAUAACAAUUCUCACAUUGCCUCUAUUGAUGGAAGGGCAUUUAGCCUUCAAUGUUUGGAACUUGGUUUUAGAAUGAAUAGCUUGGAUGGAUAUUA